AUGGCGACGUUAAUCCGGAGCAAAUUAUCUAAUAAACUAUCCAACGCGGCUACCACCGUCAGCCACAAAUCGCAGGCCAAAGUCAGCGGCAUGUUCGCCAGAAUGGGCUUCCAGGCCGCCACAGAUGAGGAGGCGCUGGGUUUCGCCGCCUGCGACGACCUGGAUUAUGAUCACCGGCAGGGCAUGCAGAUGGACAUCCUGCAGAGCGGUGAUGAUAAAGCGACGUCGGAUGGAGGCGACGGGGACGGUGGGGAGCGCGGGGACGGCGCCCUGGAUGGGGACAGUCACUACCAGCGGGACGGCACCGGACCGUCGCGUUCUUCCUCCAAGGACGGGGCUUCCAACAACGAACUGUCUGAGGAAAAACCCAAAAUUACGGCUUGGGAAGCGGGGUGGAACGUUACCAACGCCAUCCAGGGCAUGUUCGUGCUGGGCCUCCCCUACGCCAUCCUGCACGGCGGCUACCUGGGCCUGUUCCUGAUCAUCUUCGCCGCGGUGGUGUGCUGCUACACGGGCAAGAUCCUGAUCGCGUGCCUGUACGAGGAGGACGAGGACGGGCGCCCGGUGCGCGUGCGCGACUCCUACGUGGACAUCGCCAACGCCUGCUGCGCGCCUCGCUUCCCGUCUCUGGGCGGCCACGUAGUCAACGUCGCGCAGAUCAUCGAGCUGGUGAUGACGUGCAUCCUGUACGUGGUGGUGAGCGGCAACCUGAUGUACAACAGCUUCCCCAACAUGCCCAUCUCGCAAAAAUCGUGGGCCAUCAUCGCCACGGCGGCGCUGCUGCCCUGCGCUUUCCUCAAGAACCUGAAGGCCGUGUCCAAGUUCAGCUUGCUGUGCACGCUGGCGCACUUCGUGAUCAACGUGCUGGUCAUCGCCUACUGCCUGUCGCGGGCGCGGGUGUGGGCGUGGGACAAGGUCAAGUUCUACAUCGACGUGAAGAAGUUCCCCAUCUCCAUCGGCAUCAUCGUCUUCAGCUACACGUCGCAGAUCUUCCUGCCGUCGCUGGAGGGCAACAUGCAGAAGCCGGCUGAGUUCCACUGCAUGAUGAACUGGACGCACAUCGCCGCCUGCAUCCUCAAGGGCCUCUUCGCGCUGGUGGCCUACCUGACGUGGGCCGACGCCACCAAGGAGGUGAUCACGGACAACCUGCCGCCGGGCAUCCGCGCCGUGGUCAACAUCUUCCUGGUGGCCAAGGCGCUGCUCUCCUACCCGCUGCCCUUCUUCGCCGCCGUCGAGGUGCUGGAGAAGAGCUUCUUCCAGGAAGGCCGCCGAGCCUUCUUCCCGGACUGCUACGGCGGAGACGGCCGCCUCAAAUCGUGGGGGCUGACGCUCCGCUGCGCCCUGGUGGUCUUCACGCUGCUCAUGGCCAUCUACGUGCCGCACUUUGCGCUCCUCAUGGGCCUGACGGGAAGCCUGACGGGCGCCGGCCUCUGCUUUCUGCUGCCCAGCCUCUUCCACCUCAAGCUGCUGUGGAGGAAGCUGCAGUGGCACCAGGUCUUCUUCGACGUGGCUAUCUUCGUCAUCGGCGGCAUUUGCAGCAUCUCCGGCUUCAUUCACUCCAUGGAGGGCCUCAUCGAGGCCUUCAAGUACAACAUCGAAGAGUAG